GAGUCUUUCGCCGACCUCGGCCUGGAGGAGGCGCUCGUCGCCGCGACUGAUUCCAUGGGACUCACCCGGCCAACCGACAUCCAGGCGUCCGCCAUCCCCAAGAUUCUCUCCGGCGGCCAUUUCCUCGUCGCAUCGCACACGGGCAGCGGCAAGACCCUCACCUACCUCCUGCCGGUGAUCCAGCAGAUGAAGGAUGCGGAGCGCGAGACGGGCGCGAGGGCCAAGCCCAAGCGGCCGCGGGUGCUCAUCGUCGGCCCCACGCGCGAGCUCGCCGAGCAGGUCCGCUCGGUCGCCAAGGCUGUGUCGCACCACUGCAAGUUCUCGAGCGAGCUCAUCAUCGGCGGCGAGAAGUUCGCGACGCAGAGGCAGGUGCUCGACAGGUCUCUCGACGUUGUGGUGGGCACCCCCGGCCGCAUCAUCAAGCACUGCGAGGAGGGUAACCUGUUCCUCUCCAACGUCACGCACGUGAUCCUCGACGAGGCUGACACGCUCUUCGAGGCUGGGUUCGGCGACGAGGUUCGCAGGCUUCUUCGCCCGCUUCAGAAGAACCCCGAGGGGAAGCAAUGCAUCGUCGUGUCGGCGACAAUGGCGGAGAAGGUUGCAAAGAUGGUCAGCGCGGAGCUCCCUGACCUUCAGAGGAUCGACACCCCGAGCCUGCACAAGUCCGCGCCUAACCUGAGGCACAGGUUUGUUGACUGCCCAGGGAGCGUAGACAAGAUGGCCAUCGUGGAGCAAAUCGUCAGCGGGGACUUCAGGUCCGGCAAGAAAACCAUGGUGUUUUGCAACACCAUGCCCAGCUGCCAGGCUGUUGAGUUUUCGCUGAACGAGGCAGAGUUGCCGGUGGUCAUGUACAACGGCGACAUGACCGCGGAAGAAAGGAAGGAGAGCAUGCGCGAAUUUGUGGAGGGUAGCCACGCGGACGGGACCGCGGUGGUGAUGGUGUGCACCGACCUCGCCGCGCGCGGGUUGGAUUUCGGCGGUGGCGAGAAGGGCAAGGUUGACCACGUGGUAAACUUUGAUUUCCCCAUGAACCCCAUAGACUACAUCCACAGGUCCGGGCGCACCGCGCGGGCGGGCGCUACCGGCAAGGUGACCAAUCUGGUGGCCAAGAAGGACAGGAUCCUCGCGCAGGAGAUUGACGUGGCGGUGAAGAUGGGUCAGCCACUCGACUCGGCCACGAGCAGCAAGGCGGUGGUUGAGGCACGGAGG